AUGUUAGCGUGUUCUCGGGAGUCCAAGUCUUCUCCGGAAAUCUCAGGUACUCAUCAAUUAGUCUUCUCCGGAAAUCUCAGGAGAAUCCAUGUCUUCCCUAGCUUCCAUGGACCAGAUGUACGUCGAACAUUUCUCAGUCAUUUACACAGAGAAUUUGUAAGCAAAGGGAUCGUGGCAUUCAAAGAUACGGAGAUCGAAAGAGGCCACACGAUCGGACCUGAUCUCGUACAAGCGAUUAGAGAAUCGAGGGUCUCCAUCGUUGUGCUCUCCAAGAACUAUGCUUCAUCGGGCUGGUGCUUAGAUGAGCUUGUGGAAAUCUUGAAGUGUAAAGAAGAUCAAGACCAGGUUGUAAUGACCAUUUUUUACGAGUUGACCCGUCUGAUGUUCGAAAACAGAGCGGCAGUUUCGGAAGAGUUUUCGAAACAACUUAUCAAGAGAAAACAGAGGAAGUGAAGCAGAGAUGGACCAAGGCUUUGACUGAUGUUGCAGAAAUAGCCGGAGAACACUAUCUUAACUGGCU